GUACCGACACCGAUUAGCCUGCUGGUAAAUGAACAUUUGCUGCGAUUUAUACCUAUUUUUUCCUCUAGUUUAAAAUAGCAAUAAGUGCAAGUUUGUAGCUCAGUUAUACGCCAGGCUGGCAAUCGACGGCACCUGAUUAUGGAUCAGCCACUGACCGACUGCGCUGGAGAAUUGAUACUUCUGAAGCAAGAUGGAGGAAAUCCAUUCGGAAAAGAUCGGUUAAGCGAACCGAUGAUGGUGAGUUAUUAUAUCCUUUUGUUUUUGUGUUUUCCAAUCGUCUCAUCAGGUGUUAUCUACUUAUUUCCCUAUCCUUUUUCUUUUUAAGUUUACUGUACUUGUUCUGUUUUCCUCUUUUAAAUUUUGUCCCAAUCUUCUUGUCUUCUUAUCAUCAUUUAUUUAUAUUUUCUAUCUUUCCAACCUGUCUUCACAUAUUUCCGUCUUCCGAUUAUAUGGUCUUCCUAUUCACACUUCAACAUCUUUUUACAUUGUUUUUAUCCUUCUUACACUCAUAAGACGGGUGAACAUAUCACUCGAAAGAACGACUUUCGAUCCGAGGCUCGGAUGGCCGAAUCUCAUAUACCAAUCAACUCAGCUUUAGUGUUAAACCCACAAUAUUUUGUUGAAUGACCAAAUCAAUAAUUUAAAUGAGUGUAAGAAGGGUUCUGUUCACCAUAGGUGGAUAAAUUCGAGAUGAACAGUUAAUAAAAUGUUUAAUAAAAUCAGAGGCGCAAACCCAUACGUGACUCUCUCGCACACAAGAAAAAAUCAACUAGCAAACCUCGCUGAUUGGUUGGCUAGCUCCUGACGAAUAUCAAGAUCGAAUACGGUUUGGUCUGUAUCAGACGAGCAGAUUGGGUUUUCCCACUCUGCAUCGACGAAACUGAAAGAUAGAAAGAAAAAGAUUCCCAGAACUGCAACACUCGCGGUAAACAAAAAUGCAUUACGUGCUAUAGAAGGAAUUCGGGCAAAUCUAGGCGAACUCUACAUAUUAAUUAUGAUUCAUCCUUCUAUUCUAUGAUAUAUUAAAUCGACUUUCACUGCAACCUUCAUUUAUUCAAUCGCUAGACUUCAAACUGAACGGUUAAUAAUCUACGGAGAAAGAUUUUACCAAAAAAAAAAACAUCCCAAUUAAAUAACCCAAAACAGUGAACGUGAUAAUAGAAGUGCGUUAAAAUGGCCCAACAGAGACAGUCUCCUGCCGAAGUACUGGUCCUCCAUACCGGUGGUACGAUCGGUAUGAUCCACAACGAAAACGACGCAUUGUCUCCCAAGAGUGGCGAUUUCAUCGGUCGUAUUAGCCGCAAUCCAAACUUGCACGACUCGGCUUAUCCAGAACAAGCCGGAGAUUCGGCCACCACGUUUACCCUGCCAUACGUUAAGGAUCAACACCGAAGAAUUCGGUAUCAAAUACUCGAAUCCGAACCUCUUCUCGAUUCGUCCAAUAUGAACAUAUCCAAUUGGGUCCAAAUCGCCGGAAAAAUCAAGGAGCAUUACCAAAGAUUCGAUGGUUUCGUAGUCUUGCACGGUACCGAUACGCUAGUCUACACGGCUUCGGCCCUGUCCUUUCUGUUUGAGAAUCUGCAGAAAACGGUCGUCGUUACGGGUGCCCAGAUUCCGAUCUGCAACCCGAGAACCGACGGCCACCAGAACUUCGUAACGGCGUUGAUAAUCGCCGGCACGAAGACCAUACCGGAGGUAUGCGUUUACUUCAACAAUCAACUGUUCCGGGGCAAUCGAACAACGAAAAGGAGCAACAGCUCGAUGGACGCCUUCUGGUCUCCGAAUGCCGAACCACUUGGAAAGGUGGGAGUCGGUAUAACGACGAACGCUCGAGCGAUUUUUCGUACUGUAGGUGAAGGAUCCUUUGAUGUGAACGAGAAGAUGGAUGCGAACGUAGACUUGUUGCAUCUGCAUCCAUUUAUUUCGAAGGAUACAGUCGAAGCUAUACUGGGAUCGAAUAAGGGAGUGGUGCUACUGAGUUAUGGCGCUGGGAAUAUUCCCACAAACAGGGAAGAUCUGAGAGAAGCUUUGGAAAAGGCGGCCAGGAAGAAGCUGAUCGUCAAUUGUACUCAGUGCCAAGAAGGUACUGUCUGCGGUACGUAUGAAACCGGUAGAGAACUGGAAGAAAUCGGAGUCAUCUCCGGGUGCGAUAUGACAGUGGAAGCUGCGCUGGUUAAACUGGCAUAUGUACUCGGUAACGAUAAAUGGAACUUUCAAGAGAAGAAAGAGGUGAGUGACGUGGUUGCUUAUGUAUGCGAUAAAAAUAUUACAAACGUAACAUUUGUUUCAGAAAAUCAAGAGUAAUCUUCGUGGAGAGUUGACUGCAUCGGAGUCCGACUAAACGUGUGAGCGAUGAAAAGCAACUGGCAUUAUCCCUUAAGGUACCCCGGGGCAAGUGGGGCCUAAAAAAAUGCUAGUUUGGUUUUGUCAAGCCAAAAAAUUCUAAACAUAAAAAAAAUAUAAUUCCAAUGGUUCUAAAAGACAUUGUUGGUACAUUUCUUCUUAGUAAUGGGCAUUAAAACUGUUUCAAAAUUUUGAAAUUCUGUAUAUUAUGCAUAUUAUGAAAAGUGGAACAGAUCUUCAUUUACACCGUAUCACGGGGCAAGUGGGACCUAUUCGGAUUUUUUGUAAUAAUGGCUUAAUAUAGUUGCUGCAUAUAUGUAAGGUAGAAUAAAUUAUAAAUAUGUUAUGCGAAUAACUAUGUUUAGUGAUUUAUGCUGGAAAAGUUUUGUGGUAUCGUGCAUAAAUUACGUAACACAUAUAAUAACGAAUCACUGAGAAAAAAAUGAUUAAACUCUAGCAGCUCGUACAAAACAAAUUGAUUUUAUUUCUACAAAAAGCGCCCUAAGGUUAAAUGCCGAAAGAUUUCCAAACUUACUUUUCAUAUUACGUAGUUGAUGAUUCUCGCCAGAAGGUUUUUCAACAUUUACAGAUGUUAUGUUUUCCCUUACAUAAUAUUACGAUCAUUAAAUAAAGAUUUUCAAAUCGUAAACUCCAAAUAAGUCGUUUUUCAAUUUUUUGAUACUUUAUGGCCGGUUCCUUAACAUUCAGAAAAACUCAUUAUGCAACGAAAAAAUAAUAGAAUUUGCUUGAAUCAAAAUAUGAAAAAAUAGAUAAUUUCGAAAAAAAAGUUCUAUCCAAGACUUCACCAUUUUAAACCAUAGCUGCAUCAUCAGAAUAGAAGUAAUUAAGUAAAAUUCAACGAGUGAUUACUUAAGGCGCCGAUUUUUACUUCACUUUUGUGUGAAUUUCGACUUAGGCUGAAGAAAGCGAGAUCAAACUAUGAAAUUGUGUUUGUUUACUCUCAUAGGUCUCACUUGCCCCAGAUGCUGAAAUGCACUGAGGUAAGUGAGAGCAGUUAACAAAAGGUAAUUAAUGAAAAUAAAUUACAGCUUUUUCGCUUUAAAUAAUGUGCAAGCACUCCAAAUAUUAUCCUGAAUCUGAAAAAGUUUUACUUCAUUUGUUAUUCUAGUUUUAAACGACGAACGUAGUAUAGUACGUUAAUCUCACUUAGUGAAUUGAAAAUUACCUAAGAACAACAAUAACAUAUAUGGUCUCUUUAUGGUGAGAACAAUAACAAUUUUUGAAUUCAAAGUAUCCGUUGGUGUGAUACCUAUUAGCGUGGUUCAAAAAAUCGUUUUUGCUCCACACCGAUUAUUCGAUUUGUAACCAGAUUCUAUGCCUUCUCCCAAAAUUUGAGCUCAUUUGGUUGAAAAUUGAGAGUGCACAAGCCCUUCAAAGUUUGUAUGAGAAUUACUAUGGGAAAAGGAUGUUUUUCAUUCAAUCGACCGUAGUAUUUUCCCAAGUGCCCUAGAGCGAUAGUUGACCCUUGGUACUCCUAGUCUACUCUAUCAGCUACAACUUUGCCGAAGACCGCAUUCAAAUCGGAUGCCUCAUUAAUUAGUUAUUGGUUUGUAUCCAACUGGACAAGCUUUAGCAAUGAUCCUUCAGCUUACCAGCAGGCAACAUUGCUGCAUAUGGCGCCAAAGAUAGCACACUGAAAUCAUGGCUACUGUGUUUCACUGCAAAAUGCAGUGAUGCCCGACGAUUAGUUUAACCAUCAUGAGUAAAGAUUUCGAUUCUGGAUAAAAAUCGGUAACUAAUUAAUGAAGCAUGCGAUUUGUAUGCGGUCUUCGGCAAAGUUGUAGCUGAUAGAGUAGCCUAGAAGUACCAAGGGUCAACUAACGCACUAGGGCACUUGGGAAAAUACUACGGUCGAUUGAAUGAAAAACAUCGUUUUCCCAUAGUAAUUCUCAUACAAACUUUAAAGGGCUUGUGCAGUCUCAAUUUUCAACCAAAUGAACUCAAAUUUUGGGAGAAGGCAUAGAAUCUGGUUACGAAUCGAAUAAGCGGUGUGGAGCAAAAACGAUUUUUUGAACCACGCUAAUACCUAUGUUUUCUAUGAAGAAUGUUUGCCUUAAAAAUAAAAAAUAAAAAAAAAUAUAGCUGUAGGUCUCACUUGCCCCGGAUUCUCACUUGCCCCGGGGUACCUUAUCAUACAUAACACAGCGUAACAAAAAUUAACUUUUUGUCUGUCUCAAGAGCAAACUUAUGUGUCUCCGAAGGAUUUUGGGCCGCUGAAUCCGAAUCCGGGCUCAGAUUUGCUCUAACACGUCACAAUUUUGAGCUAUACCUCAAUUUAUAGGGCAAAAUAUGCGAUUUUGGGCUUCUUUGACUGCAAGUUAUUAAGCAUGGAAAUAAUUUUUAUUAAGAAAUCAAAAGGUUAAAUGGAAAAUUAACAUCUAAAUUAACGACUCAUGCAAAAUAUUUCGUUUUACCAAAUCGAAUUUGAUAGUUUUAAGCGAUUUAUGUUAGGUACGAUAUUUCCCAUACAAGUCACCCUCCAAAAGUUGCAUGCAAGUUUUCAUACUAACAUAAAAUGCUUAAAUCUAUCAAAUUUGAAUAGGUAAAACGAAAUAUUUUGCAUGAGUCGUUAAUUUAGAUGUUAAUUGACCAAUUAACCUUUUGAUUGCUUAAAAAAAUAUUUCCACGCUUAAUGGCUUGCAGUCAAAAAAACCCAAAAUCGCAUAUUUUGCCCUAUAAAUUGAGGUAUAGCUCAAAACUGUGACGUGUUAGAGCAAAUCUGAGCCCGGAUUCGGAUUCAGCGGCCCAAAAUCCUUCGGAGACACAUAAGUUUGCUCUUGAGACAAAAAAAUGUUGCGCUGUGUAAUCAUAACAGCUUUGAGAGACAUAAAUGCUAUCCUCUUGUGUACUUGAACGAAAAAUAUAUGCCCUAAAUCCCUUGCAUGAAAAUUAGACAUUUUAACCAGCACUUUGAAGUUUAACCCUUAAACUAUGUAGACAACUUUUAGCACACUUUUGACCAUGUCUUUUGAACCAGCGAACCAAUUUUCAAUAUUUAUUCAUUCUAAUACGGUCUAAUAGGGUCUCCAGUUAGCCUAGUGGCUAAGGCCAAUCCGGAUCGCCAAUCCGGAGACAGCCGAUUCGAUUCCCGUUCCGGUCAGGAAAAUUUUCUCGACUCCCUGGGCAUAGUGUAUCAUUGUACUUGCCACACAAUGUACAAAUUCAUGCAAUGGCAGGCAAAGAAAGCCCUUCAAUUAAUAACUGUGGAAGUGCUCAAAGAACACUAAGUUGAAAACAGGCAGGCCAAGUUUCAAUGCGAACGUCGAACCACAAAGAAGAAGAAGAAGAAUACGGUCUAUUGUCUAAAGUUGAAGAAGUUUUCAGGGCCAUAC